GAUGGGGCUCCUGCAUGCCUUAGGUGAGCCCUGGUGGCCUGGUCUGGCCCAGCCCAGCCAGGGACACUGAGUGCCAGAACCAAGGGCCAGGCUAACUCCUGCCGGAGAAGGAACGCGGGAGGGAGGGAGCAAGGGAGGGAGGGAACGAGGGAAGGGAAAGGAGAGCGAGAGCUGCCUCAAAUGCUUGAAAUAAUUCCGCUUCCGUUUGGAAAGGGGCAGCUUCAGUCUCCGCCGCCGCCGCCUGCCCUGACGCCUUCUCCUUCGGUGCGCCCCAGUCCAACCCGGCCCGGCCCUCCCGGAGCUCCGCUCUCUGUUCCCCGCCAUGGCAACCUCCCCCCAGAAGUCGCCCUCGGUCCCCAAAUCCCCAACCCCCAAGUCUCCCCCGUCCCGGAAGAAAGAUGACUCCUUCUUGGGAAAACUUGGAGGAACUCUGGCCCGAAGAAAGAAAGCCAAGGAGGUGUCUGAUCUUCAGGAAGAAGGGAUGAAUGCCAUCAAUUUACCUCUCAGCCCAAUCCCCUUUGAGCUGGACCCUGAGGAUACCAUGCUAGAGGAGAAUGAAGUCCGGACAAUGGUGGAUCCAAAUUCACGGAAUGACCCCAAACUGCAGGAACUGAUGAAGGUAUUAAUUGAUUGGAUCAAUGAUGUUCUGGUUGGAGAAAGAAUCAUUGUGAAAGACUUGGCUGAAGAUAUGUAUGAUGGACAAGUCCUGCAGAAGCUUUUUGAGAAACUCGAGAGUGAGAAGUUGAAUGUUGCUGAGGUCACCCAGUCCGAGAUUGCCCAGAAGCAAAAGCUGCAGACUGUUUUGGAAAAGAUCAAUGAAACACUUAAACUUCCCCCAAGGAGCAUCAAGUGGAAUGUGGACUCUGUCCAUGCCAAGAGCCUUGUGGCAAUCCUGCAUCUUUUGGUGGCUUUAUCCCAGUAUUUUCGAGCUCCAAUACGACUCCCAGACCAUGUUUCUAUCCAAGUUGUGGUGGUUCAGAAACGGGAAGGAAUCCUCCAGUCUCGGCAAAUCCAAGAGGAAAUAACUGGUAACACCGAGGCUCUAUCGGGAAGGCAUGAACGUGAUGCCUUUGACACCUUGUUUGACCAUGCUCCAGAUAAGCUCAACGUGGUGAAAAAGACACUCAUCACCUUUGUAAAUAAGCAUCUGAAUAAGCUGAACCUGGAAGUCACAGAACUGGAAACCCAGUUUGCCGAUGGAGUCUACUUGGUGCUGCUCAUGGGCCUCUUAGAAGGCUACUUUGUGCCUCUACACAGUUUCUUCCUGACUCCAGAAAGCUUUGAGCAAAAGGUCCUUAACGUGUCAUUUUCCUUUGAGCUGAUGCAAGAUGGAGGGCUGGAAAAACCAAAGCCAAGACCAGAAGAUAUUGUCAAUUGUGAUUUGAAGUCUACCCUUCGAGUGCUCUACAAUUUGUUUACCAAAUACAGGAAUGUGGAAUGAAGAAAGAAUGAACCUGGAUCCCGGAGGGAUGUGCCAAUGACUAGCUUGCUACUUCUCUUCACUAUUCACCCAGACCUGCCUCCCUAAGCUGAGGCAACUGGAUCGGCAGGCGGGUCUUCUAAUUGCAACGAACUCUUUAUUUUCACCACACUGAAUGCUAGCUGGGAUAUCUUACUGUAACUCAGAAAAACUGUAAUGAAAUUUUUGGAGAAAAUAAUUAGGAACUUACUGGAGAUUUAACUCUGGAUUCCAAAAGGAAAUCUAGCUUUUAAAGUGCACCCCAACCUUUAUGGAUGUCAGAGAAAUGAACUGUGACUUUCAUCUCCCCCCCAAUUUGGGCAUUGGGACCCUUUAAAGAAAAGAGGUCUUUACAGACUAAAACAAAAUCUGGGAUGUGAUGGGUGGGAACUCCUCCCUCUAGACAACAUUUAUUUGACAUUUAUUUGUUUUUAACCAAAAAAAGAGGGAACGUACUAUACUGUAUGUAGCCUUGGAGUCAGGAAGACCUAAAUUCAAAUCCUGCCUUGAUUGCAUACUUAGCUAAAUCAUCAAGGAUGGAUCAUGUAAUCUCUGAGUGCCCCCAGGCAACUCUCAAAGUCUCUGAGUUCCAUAUGAGCUGCCAAUUUGCAUCAGUGGAAGGAAUUUCCAUGCCAGGAAACCUUAUGUUGAUGAAAUCACAGAUCUAGGCCAAGAAAAACAAUCACCAACCCAAGCACACCUUUCAGUUUUCUUCCCCUUCUUCCUAAGCCAUCUCAGAAAGAUGGAGUAUCUGUAAGAUGAUGAGUGGAGGCAAAUUCCACCAUAUGUACAGGACACUUUGGGACUCAGUGGUCCACACUGAAAUAGGAAAGUUGAAAUUGAAGCCAAAUAAUAUCAUACCUGGUCAGAAUCAUGCCUCGUAUAUUUUUUAAAUCUCAAAUACUUUUUACAACUAAAAGGACUCCAUUCCUGUGGAUUGGUAAUAAUGUGAGACCGGGGCUUAAAUGUAAUUUGGGGACAAAUCCUGGAGAGAAUUAACAGAGUCCCCUACUUUGUCAUUUUUUUUCUUUAUUACCUAUAACAGAAAUUCCUUAUAUUUUCCUUCCAACCAAGUACCCAAUUCAUUAUGAUUGGAAAAGUACAUUGGAGGCUAUGGAGUAGAGACCAUCUCAGCAGUUCCCAGAAAGUGGAACCCUUUCGGAGGGAUCCUUGAACUUUUAAACAAAGAAAAAUCCUUUCUCUCCGCUUCCUAAUUGAUCAUUAAGGCUAUUGCUGGCCCAUUCCAUCUAGCAGCAAUUACCAGCUAAUUUAGGUGAGGGGGAAAAAGUCAUUUAUACUAAAGCUUAGCAGUUUAAUUUGUUCUGGAUUGUUCUGGUACCUUGAGAUGCCCAGAGAAACUGAUGGCUAUGUCCCAGAGGAAGAACAACAGGAUCUGUGUGUUUGGAAGGAUAGAAAGAGGAGAAGGCUGUGCAUCUUCAAUACAGGAGAAAGUAAGCAAAAAAUGCUCACUGUAUAUAACCAGCCUGCUGUGGUGCUUCCCAAGCUUUUAAAGGGCCCAGCCCUGAAAUGAGCUAAAUGCUGGGAGAUAAGUGUCCUACCUGUCAUUUAUAUUGUCUUUGCCUUAGAGAUGUGAGAAAUAUCAUAGAAAGCCAGAAGAAUGGCCCGUUGCUCCCUCCCUCCUAUAGAAAGGUCCAUGUUAUUGCUUUAGACCAUUAGACCAAGUCUGUUUCUCUUGUUAGUUUCCAAAGGGUGCAUUAGGAUAGAAAUCCAUACCCAACAAAAAAGGAGUGUCCUGGUCAUCGUUCAGAAAUAUUCCUCUUAGUUGCCGGUCUUCCUUACCACAUGGUUUUUUACCAAAGCAGUAAGUCAAAAUGAUUGUGUUUCAGAUUAAUUUUGUGAUGUUGGGGGCCAGUUUAUUGCUAGAGGAAUUAUUUUCUAGUUAAAGUUGUGAACUGUCCAAGAUGCAAAGGGGACAAGGUCCCUUGGGGGCAUUUAUCUAAGAAAGGCAAUUCGGUGAAUAAUUUGUGACAUUAUGUUUUUAAAAUGAUGUUCAUACUCAAUAUUUUAUGGUUUCUGCUGGCUUUCUUCCUUUUGGUUCCUGGUAGUAAAUCCAGAUAAAUAAUUGUUUUCUUUGUCUGAGUAAUCCUGAAAAUGCUUUAAAAAUAAGAGGACUGUCUUCCUUUCUAAAUGCUUUGCAAGGAGAAUUUUACCUCUCCUUUAAAAAAAAAAAAGAAAUUACAUCCAAGUAGCCAACUGAUAAACAUUCUUUCUUAGAUUCA